UCAAUUUUGCUUUUUGCACAUCAGAAACUAAAGCUUCGCUGCUGCAACACAACCACAAUAAAGCUAUGAAAAAAAUCAAGCACAAACAUUUGAAAAUCAACAAAAAGACACCAGCUGAACCACUUUUUCCUGAACCAUGGAGAAAUGUACCCUGGGGAAAGGAAGACCUGCAGGAAGUUAAGAAACAACUAAAUGAAAUGAAAAUACCCCAUCUCAGAGUGCUGGUCUAUGGCCCUGUUGGUUCUGGAAAGUCCAGUUUUAUUAACUCUGUCAGCAGCAUCUUCAGAAACAGAAUCUGCUCACCAGCAUUGGCCAAUGCAAACAACGAUGAAAACAGCUUCACUAAAAAAUAUAAAACAAUUAGGAUCCAAGUAGACAACAGCGAAAACUCUCCCUCCCUUCUCUUCAAUGACAUCAUGGGUCUGGAGGAUGGGACUAAAAGAGGAGUCAGUGUAGAAGACGUGAAACUGGUUCUGGAAGGACACAUGAAGGAUGAUUACAAGUUUAAUCCUGUUUCUCCACUGUCCACCGAUGAUCCACACUACAACCCUACACCAUCUGAAGAAGACAAAGUUCACGUUCUGGUUUGGGUCUGUUCUGCAAACUCAGCAGAAAGUAAUGAUUCCGUUGCAAAAAAGAUGAGAGACAUCCGAGAGACAGCCAGUGACAAGGGUAUUCCUCAAUUUGCAGUUCUCACCAAAAUUGAUGAGGCCUGUGCUGAAACUGAAAAAGAUUUGAAGAAUGUCUACAGGAGCAAGUGCGUCAAAGAAAAAAUGACGCAUUUCAGCUCAACCUUUGGCAUCCCACUGAACUGCACUUUUCCUGUGAAAAACUACAGUGACGAGAUUGAGCUGGAAAAUGAUGUCGACUGUUUGAUCCUAAGUAUUUUGAAAAAGAUUAUCCACUUUGGAAGCGACUUCAUUAGCGACACUGUACAAGAACAAAAAACAGAAUAACUGUCUCUUAAGAAAUCCCCUUCUUUAACUAGUUGCGAUUAUGAGUAAUGUUAUUGUAAAUUUAUUUUUGUUUUAACCAUAUAUUAACGUAAUUAUUAAUAACAUUAUUAUGGUUAUUAUUAAUAACUCAUUGUUUAAUCAUUGUCCUCAAAUGUAUUUUAUUUCUUAAAUUGUACUUACUUUUUGUAUAUUCUGUAUUUUAAUAUUGCUCUUCCUAUCGCUUUAUCUCUGCCCCCUCCCCCACCUCAAAUAAACACUCAUUCUUUCCAGUCCCAAGACUUACAUUACAAAUAUUUAUAACAAAUCACAAUA